GGAUGUGACCGUAGGUGUCACUGGCGAACCUUGUAUAGCGUUAAAGCUCUGCUGGACUGCUCCCUCGUAAAACCAUUAUCACCAUCAUCUAGCGAACUGGACAGGUUGGAUCUCAUUGUCCUUAGAGACACACAAAUAGUUGAGUACCUUUGGGGAAACCCACCCCCAAGUGGCCACCAUGGGGGACGAUAGCGAGUGGAUGAAGCUUCCCAUCGAUCAGAAAUGUGAACACAAGGUGUGGAAAGCUCGUCUGAGUGGUUAUGAAGAAGCACUGAAGUUGUUCCAAAGGAUACAAGAUGAGAAAAGUCCAGAGUGGGGGAAGUACCUUGGACUGAUAAAGAAGUUUGUUACUGACUCAAAUGCUGUGGCUCAGCUUAAAGGCCUGGAGGCCGCCUUGGUCUUUAUUGAGAAUGCUCAUGUAGCUGCCAAGACGACGGGGGAGGUAGUGUCGGGCGUGGUGACUAAAGUGUUCAACCAGCCAAAGGCCCGCGCCAAGGAACUGGGCACAGACAUUUGUCUGAUGUACAUGGAGAUAGAGAAGGCGGAGGUGGUUCAAGAAGAGCUCCUCAAAGGACUGGAGAACAAGAACCCCAAGAUAGUGGUGGCCUGCCUCGAGACCCUCAGAAAGGCCCUCAGUGAGUUUGGUUCGAAGAUCGUGACGUUGAAACCAAUAGUGAAGAUUUUGUGCAAGCAGUUUGAGUCCAGAGAGAAGGCGGUGAGAGACGAAGUCAAGCUGCUCGCGGUAGAGAUCUACAAAUGGAUCAGAGACGCUCUGAGACCACCACUGCAAAAUAUUAACUCUGUACAGUUGAAGGAGCUGGAGGAGGAGUGGGUGAAGCUGCCUUCUUCUCCUCCCAAACAGACCAGGUUCCUGCGCUCUCAGCAAGACUUGAAGGCCAAGUUUGAACAGCACCAAGCUCAUGGAGAACAGUCUGAUGGAGAGGAUGAAGAGGAAACGGUGGUUGCAGUGGAUCCUUAUGAACUGCUUGAAGCUGUGGAGAUUCUCUCAAAGAUACCCAAAGACUUCUAUGACAAAAUAGAAGCUAAAAAGUGGCAGGAAAGGAGAGAAGCUGUAGAGGCUGUGGAGGCGCUGACCAAGAAUCCCAAACUAGAGAAUGGAGACUAUGGAGACCUUGUCAGAGCUUUGAAGAAGGUUGUGGGCAAAGACGCCAAUGUGAUGCUGGUGUCGGCGGCAGCAAAAUGUCUUGCUGCACUGGCCUCUGGUCUCAGGAAGAAGUUUGGAACGUAUGCAGGACAAGUGGUUCCAACUAUUCUGGAGAAGUUCAAGGAAAAGAAGCCUCAAGUGGUCCAGGCCCUGCAGGAGGCUAUUGAUGCCAUCUUUCUCACUACCACUCUUCAGAACCUGUCGGAGGAUAUUUUGGGUGUGAUGGACAAUAAGAACCCUUCCAUUAAGCAGCAGGCCGCUCUGUUCCUGGCCCGCUCCUUCAGACACUGCACACAGGGCACCCUGCCCAAAAGUGUCCUCAAACCGCUCUGUGCUGCUCUCAUCAAGCAAGUGAAUGACUCUGCUCCAGAGGUGCGUGACGCCGCCUUUGAGGCUUUGGGGACAGCCAUGAAAGUGGUGGGAGAGAAAGCCGUGAACCCUUUCCUGUCUGAUUUGGAUAAACUCAAACUGGACAAGAUAAAAGAGUCUGCUGAUAAAGUAGAGCUUCCUGGAGGGAAGAAGGCUGCGGCAGGAGGUGGGGGGGCAAAGAAGGCUCCAGCUAAAACUCUUCCCCCUGCUGAAGCUCCACCUAAAUCUUCUGGCCCACCCAAGAAGACUCAAACUGGUGCUGCAAGCAAGUCAUCGGCGGCGUCCAAGAAGUGCAAACCAACCGCUGUAGCUGGUGGAAAGACUAAGAAGAGCCCUGACAGUAAAGAGUUCACUGAGGGGGAACUCUCGAUUGAGGUGUGUGAAGAGCGGGCUGCAGGUGUGCUUCCUGCCUCCUGUCUACAGCAGCUGGACUCAGCCAACUGGAAGGAGAGACUGGCGAGCAUGGAAGAGUUCCAAAAGGCUGUUGAGACCUUGGAUAGGACAGAGAUGCCCUGCCAGGCCUUAGUGAAGAUGCUGGCCAAGAAACCAGGUUGGAAGGAGACCAACUUCCAGGUGAUGCAGAUAAAGCUGCACGUUGUGGCUCUCAUCGCUCAGAGAGGACAGUUCUCAAAGACUUCAGCCGCUGUAGUAUUGGACGGCUUGGUGGACAAGGUUGGAGAUGUCAAAUGUGGUGGAAACUCCAAAGAAGGAUUGACUGCUAUUGCAGAGGCUUGCUCUCUGCCGUGGACUGCAGAACAGGUUAUGUCUAUAGCGUUUGCACAGAAGAACCCCAAAAACCAGGCAGAGACUCUCAACUGGUUAGCUAAUGCCAUGAAGGAGUUUGGCUUUGCUGGUAUCAAUGUUAAGGGUUUCAUCAACAACGUGAAGACUGCUUUAGGAGCAACUAACCCUGCUGUUCGGACAGCUGCCAUCGCACUGCUUGGAGUCAUGUUCCUCUACAUGGGAGCUCGUCUUCGGAUGUUCUUUGAAGACGAGAAGCCUGCUCUCCUUGUACAAAUAGAUGCCGAGUUUGAGAAGAUGCAAGGCCAAUCUCCACCAGCACCAAUUAGAUUCACCAAGAAGUCUGGAGAGGAGGAGGAGGGUGAUGAAGGAGAGGAUCAGGAAGAAGAUGGGGCAGCAGCCGCACAGGACAUUAUGGACCUCCUGCCCAGAACCGACAUCAGUGACAAGAUUACAUGUGAUCUGCUGUCUAAAAUUGGGGAUAAGAACUGGAAAAUCAGGAAGGAGGGUCUGGAUGAGACUGCAGCCAUCAUCUCAGAGGCCAAGUUCAUCACAGCUAACCUCGGAGACUUGCCUCUGGCCCUAAAAGCGCGACUCUGUGACUCCAACAAGAUCCUGGUGCAGCAGACUCUAAGUAUCCUGCAGCAGUUGUCUACAGCAAUGGGACCUGGACUCAAGCAGCAUGUUAAAGCUCUGGGCUUCCCUGUUAUCACCGUUCUGGGAGACAGCAAGGCUAAUGUAAGGGCGGCAGCAAUGACCACCCUGCAGGCCUGGGUGGAGCAGACCGGGAUGAAGGAGUGGCUCGAGGGAGAAGACUUGUCAGAAGAGCUUAAAAAGGAGAAUCCCUUCCUACGACAGGAGGUGCUCGGCUGGUUAGCAGAGAAGCUGCCGGCCUUGAGGGCGGUGCCUGGGGACUUGAUGACAUGUGUCCCUCAGCUCUAUUCCUGCCUCGAGGACAGAAACGGAGAUGUGAGGAAGAAGGCUCAGGAUGCUCUGCCUACCUUCAUGAUGCACCUGGGCUACGACAAGAUGGACAAGGCUGCUGGGAAACUCAAAACUGCUUCCAGAGAUCAGGUGGUAGGCAUGUUGGAAAAGGCUAGAGCUGUGAUGCCAGCUAAACCUGCUGCCCCCGCCAAGGCUGGAGGGGGGAGGGGCUCUGCAGAGCCAAGCAGAGCUGCUUCAGCCUCCAGGCAGCCAGCCAGUGAGGACCUUGUGGACAGUAAACCUGAAGUCAAGAAGGUCCGAGGAGGAGCUGCCGGGAAGAAGCCUCCCUCCCCUCCAGUGGAACCUUCAAAGGACAGUAACGCUAGUAAAAAGCCCCUCAGCAAAGGGAAGGCUACUGCUAGCAGUCAACAGGUUGCAGCUGGCAAGAAGCUUGCAGUCAAAAUCCAAAAGGAUGACGAAGAUAAGUCUGGGCCAAUCUUCAUCCUCGUCCCUAAUUCUAAGGAGCAGAGGAUCAAGGAAGAGAAACAACUCAAGAUUUUGAAAUGGAACUUUACUACUCCCCGAGACGAAUAUGUGGAGCAGCUGAAAACGCAGAUGUCCACUUGCUUUGCCAAGUGGCUACAGGACGAACUUUUCCACUUGGACUUCCAAAGACACGUCAGAGCUAUAGGAGUCAUGAUUGAGAGGUUGGAAAGUGAGAGCGAUGCCACCAUUAGCUGCCUGGACCUGAUUCUAAAGUGGUUCACCCUGCGCUUCUUUGACACAAACACCACAGUCCUGAUGAAGGUGCUGGAAUAUCUGAAACUGUUGUUAGCCAUGCUGGACAGUGAGAAUUACCACCUGACGGAGUACGAGGCAAACUCCUUCAUCCCCUACCUCAUUCUCAAGGUAGGAGAGUCAAAGGAUGUGGUUUCGCAAGAUGUUCGGGCCAUUCUGGCCUCGAUGUGUAAGGUUUACCCUGCAUCUAAGGUCUUUCCUUUCCUCAUGGAUGGGACAAAAUCCAAGAACUCCAAACAGAGAGCUGAAUGUCUGGAGGAGUUGGGUUGUUUGAUCGAGGGCUAUGGGAUGAAUGUAUGCCAGCCAACCGCAGCAAAGUCUCUGAAGGAGAUUGCUGUGCAUAUAGGCGACAGAGACACGUCUGUUCGUAACGCUGCCUUGAACACUGUGGUGGCUGUCUACAAUGUCUGUGGGGAACAAGUCUACAAACUUAUUGGAAAUUUAUCAGAGAAAGACAUGAGCAUGCUAGAGGAGAGGAUCAAGCGUUCAGCCAAGAAGACUACUGCAUUGGCAGCGGCUCCUGCCAAGCCCACUGUGACCGAGAGGUCUCAGAGAGAGCACCCUGCUAAUCCAAACGGCACCUUCCUCCGCAAGCCUGCACAAGAAGACCCCAACAAGCUCAAAAUAAUGUAUCGCACAUAUAGGAUCCAAGCCCGGCAGAACGCCCAGCACAGCGAGUCCUCCCACCCCUCCAUCCCCAAGGAGUUCCAGCUAGACCUGGACAUGAUCGAGAUGGACCAGAGCAGGGUUUGUGAGCUGCCAGACCUCGUCCAACAUAAGCUGGACGAGCUUUUGGAGCCGAUCAUGAUCCCUGAACCCAGUUUAUGUGUUCAAAGGAUGCGUUCAGUCUCUCCACACUUUGAUGACCUCCACAACAGCACGGCCUCCACCAUCAACUUUGUCAUCUCUCAGGUGGCUAGCGGGGACAUAAACAACAGCAUACAAGCACUGGCACAGAUUGACGAGGUGCUGCGGCAGGAGGACAAGGCAGAAGUCAUGUCAGGACACAUCGAUCAGUUCCUCAUUGCUACCUUCAUGCAGCUCAGGCUUAUCUACAGCACACACAUGGCUGAUGAGCGGGUGGACAAGAAAGACAUCGUCAAACUAUACAGCUGCAUCAUAGGAAACAUGCUCUCAUUGUUCUCUAUGGAGUCCCUGGCCCGAGAGGCCUCUUUGGGUGUGUUGAAGGACCUGAUGCAUGGUGUGAUCACACUCAUGCUAGAUGGCAGAAUGGAGGAUAUAGAAGACGGACAGCAGAUUAUCAGAACACUCAACCUGCUGGUGACCAGAGUUCUUGUAAAGUCUGACCAGACCAACAUGAUUAGUGCUCUGCUGGUUUUGCUUCAGGACAGUUUAGCCACAGCAGCCCCCCCAUUGUUUUGUGAGCUGGUGAUUAAGUGUCUAUGGAGGAUGAUCCGCUUUCUGCCAGAGACAAUUGACAGCAUCAACCUGGAUCGGAUAUUACUGGAUGUCCACACCUUCAUGAAGAUUUUCCCCAAAGAGAAACUCAAGCAGCUCAAGAGUGAUGUCCCACACAGAACCCUCAAGACUCUGUUACACACACUUUGCAAGCUCAGAGGGGCUGAGAUCCUGGACCACCUAUCAAUGAUCGAGAACCGUAAUGAGUCUGAGUUGGAGGCCCAUCUGAGGCGGUCUGUCAAACACAAUGGAAAUCUCUCUGGACUCAAGAGUGACCGUGGUAACGAGAAGACUGGUCUGUGUACGGAGGAUCGGAUGUCAAAGGCCAAGGUCAGUGACAUUCUGACGGAAAUCUUCAAGAAGAUCGGCUCCAAAGAGAACACAAAAGAGGGUUUGACUGAGUUGUACGAGUACAAACAGAAGUAUUCCGACGCAGAUCUGGAGCCUUUCCUCAAAAACACAUCCCAGUUCUUCCAGAGCUACGUAGAGCGAGGGCUUCGCUUAAUUGAGUCUGAGAGGGAGGGCAAGGCUCGCAUCCAGACAUCAGCAGUGAUCCCUCAGCAUGGCGUGGACUUUAGUCUAAGCAGCAGCAAUGAAGAGCUGAAACCAGCCGUUUACUACGAGAGACUCAAGAUCCUUAGACAGAGGCAAGGUCUAGAGAACAACUCAAAGCAGGGCGUCGGUGGCAGCGAGGACGAGCCUCAGCAGAGACCUCCCAUAUCCUCCCUGCUGUCGUCCAAGCCGCCUGUGGCCUCGUCCACCGACAUGCUCCACAGUAAGCUGUCUCAGCUCAAGGAGUCCAGAGAGCUGUACCAGCAGGAACACAACACACACUCCCAUUCCCCGACACACGCACACACCCGCUCUGCCUCCCCGGCAGCCAACCUCGACGACCUGAAGAAACGUUUGGAGAGGAUAAAAAGCAACCGGCAGUAAGAAACCCCAUGACACCCCCCUCAUCCCAUCUCCCAGCUGCUGCUAGAAAUAUUCAUGUUCUGGUGGAUUGAAAUAGGAAGUGGUUCAACAAAACACACCCUCAAGUUUGAACUUGAACCCACUCCACCCACUGUGCCUGUAAGUUAUUAGACAUCAAACGCACCCUUAUCUGAUAUGUGUGAUGUAGGUGAGUAAGUUCAUAGUGAUAUUUUUAGCCCCUGCACACACCGAUAAACUAUCGAAAAGUUAUGUACUAUUGGAACUUCUGUCUCUCAAUGAGCUUUGAUGUUGUGUACAGGAUCACAUAGUCUGCUGUACAGUGUUAGAACGUCCUUCUGUCCCGUCCCAGCUUUCUCUUUCAGGGUGCCUCCCACCCUUCACUCUCCCAUGUACACUUUUUACUCUGAUUAUCAAACGGUAAAGUAUCCCUUCUCUCUGUUUCAGUAUGCAUAUUAUGUGUAUGAGUUAAAUGGUUACAACAUUUUGAAUAUGUACAAAGCUGUCAUGUGGUUCCAGGACAAAACCAAUCUAAAUAAGUGUUUCUUCCUGAUUGACCAUUGAUGUUCAAUGUCACAGCUGCUGGAUUUGGGAGGAGAGAUGCUUGUGACCAUCCCCACUUGUCUCUGAAAAUACAGCAUGUUACUGCCCGCUUGUGGCUGAAUGCUGUCUUAGCAUCACUUCUCUCAAUUCCACAAUUCUCAGUACUGUUGGAUUUCUUGAAAUCUUGAGGCUUUUGUCAAAAAACUGGCUUCUAUCAAUUGCAGGUAUUUGUCCUGCCACAAAAUAAGUUGAGAUGAGUUUCCACAGUGACAUGAAGCUGUCUGAUGCCAUUGAACGGGCUGGAUGCCACAGCUAUAUGCAUGCAGGUGCAGUGUGCUUUAAGCGUGGGGUUAGUUUGGGAGUUUGUCCAGUUUGAGCCCUCAAGUACUCACUAUUUUAAAGUUUGUGCUUUACAAAACGCUUCUGAUUUAAAAGGGCCAAAUGUUAUCAGAUGGUUCACUCAGGCAAACUGUAGUGAGCUGACUUGGCAGUUCUGGGUCAAGUAGUGCUGCUGGUGUUCUGGAGAGCAUUGUUGCUUUACAGCUAAAUGAGACUGAGAAUGUGUGGCCAAGCAGAGCUGUAAAUACUGUCCUGCACUAAUUUCCCUUCAUUUAUCGAACACGUGUAUACGCCUGAACAGUACGGCAUGAAGUCAGUGAUUGUUUUUAAUUUAUCAUGUAAUAAAUAACCUUUCCAUUAACAAACCAGUUGUUUAAUAAGUUUUCUGCUGAAAAUGGCCUUGUCAGUUAUCUUAAGGAAGGAAGCAAAGAAACUCAUAAGUUUUUUUUUUUAGUUUUUUUUUUAUGUUGGUACAUUGUUGCUCACCUUGUAUAAUCCAUAGUAUAAUAUGCCAAUAAAGUUUUUUUUUUUUUUUCAACAA